CAAAAAUAAAAUGGUUAUACAACGGGGUUGGAAAAUAUUAAGUGAUACUGGCUCGACUUCAGCUUCUUCAACAGAGGCAAAUAGAUCUCCAAUGGGUGGUUUAAAUUCUUCCUCAGAUGAUUCAAACUGUUCCAAUCAAACUACUCAUUCCAUGGUCACAAGUGUGGCCAGUCCUCCAAAUAGUUCAGUUAAAAUUGAAACGUCGUCAAUAACUUCCAACAACUCCAAUCACAAUAAUACCACCAACACCAACCAUCAUCAACAACAACCACACACCGAAACCAUGAAAUUUAUUACAACACCGCAAAUGGCGGAAAAUACUUUGCAAAAAUUGCGCCAACGUUUUUCCAAUACCACACCAUUGACAAGUUCUUCUUCUGAGUCCGCUAUGCGUUCUUUGGAACUGGUACGGAUUGCAGUGCAGUCAGCAUUUGACAAGGAAAUUGAUGAAAUGGUUAAACAUUUCAUAGAGACCUACUUUAAGCCUGCUUUCAGCAAUAUCAAGGAAAAUUUAGGUCAAGGUGCUAUUAAUGACGAUGCUUUGCAAAAAAUGUCAUGCGCCCUAUUGGAGAAUGCGAAAUCCCAGUAUAAAAUAUUACGUUACAAACCACAACUAUCUACUACCAGCAAUAUCAUCACAGCUGUGCCGGAGAUAAGUACAAUGCGAGUGACAUUAAAAAGACCAGCGCUUAAUAAGCCGACAUCAACUGCAAUUGAAAUGCAAAAGAGAUUAUUUUCCGAAAAUAUGAUAUUGAAACAAACAGUACAGCAACCACUACAGCAGCCACAACACCCACCAGCACAAGUAUUGCCAUCGGUAGGGCAUAUAAAGGCAACUUUAGCACAAAAUCAUCAUCAUAGCAGUGCAUUCGUUCCACAUAAUCAAUCGCAGCAGCCACAACCACAACCAAGGAGACAAAUAUUCUGGAAUACAGCCCACAUAUCAACCACAACUAAAUUCGUUUUGGACGUACAAGCAAAUCAGGCAUUUGGCUUUGGCACCGAAGGGAAGGAACGUUUAGCCAGCAAGCAUCCCGAAUUAAUUCGUUAUUUACCCGACACUGAAGAUCGUGAUUGGCUAAUCCAUCAGCAGAUUAUACCGCAGCAAAAUCGAAAUUCUCGAUUUUUAUUUCUGAUAUAUGAUGAGGUGUGUCGCUUGUAUCAAACCCAUGAUAUCUAUAAAAAUAAAGCGUCUAUCGAUUUAUCCGUAAUGAUAACAUUUACUGUUCCCGAUUUUAUGAUACAAAAAAUGAAAGUAUUUUUUGUUGACCUGAAUAUUAAAAGUCGGGGACUUAUUACAAACUCAUAUUCCAUAGCUGGUGCAACAACAGCAACAUUGCAGCAGCCUCAACAACAAUCAAAUAGUCACUUGCGCAAUGCUUUACUUUUGGGCACUCAACAGUCCUUUUCAGCUUCCACCACAACGACGUCAAAUGUUGCCACUACAAGUGAUUCAGCAUCGUCGUCUGCCAAUGCCUCCUCAUCUCCAUCAACAUCUUCUGCCUCAUCUUCAUCUUCCAAUAUAACAUCUACAGACACAUUGUUACAACAGAAAUCCAAAUCAAGCAAUUUAAGUUCAUCUCAUGCUACUCUAACCGCACUCUUAAACAAUUCCACCUCAACUUCAAUGAAUACAUCAGUGAACUCAACAGCUAUAAAUGAAAAAUCCGGUAAUUCCUCAGUUAAUUCGUCGACAAAUCUAUCAACAUGUUCUCCCCCACCGUCUUUAUUAAACAAGUUACGGAAAUAA